AUUCUCCCAUGCACGUUAGUUCAUGGCUAUACACCAAGCUCGAUCUACUAUAUAUACUAAGCUUACCAUCAUCUAUUUUGCAUCAAAACUUACCUUGCAAUUUAUAACAAAGAUUUCAAUUUUGAUCUCUUUGGCUCAUUUUUUAUUAUUAAGCUACUCAUGGCUUCUGCAGUGUUCCAAAUUUUUGCGAUUUUAUCUGUCAUUUUUCUGUUUGCAUGUGCUACUAAUGCGCAACUUUCGCCUUCUUUUUACUCUAGUACAUGCCCUAAUCUCCAAGGUAUAGUACGUAAUGCAAUGAGACAAGCUAUAUCUAAAGAACCGCGUAUGGGAGCCUCUAUACUUCGAUUGUUCUUUCAUGAUUGUUUUGUAAACGGUUGUGAUGCAUCUGUACUUCUUGAUGAUACGAAUUCCUUCACCGGAGAAAAGAAUGCAUUUCCGAAUCAAAAUUCAAUUAGAGGUUUCGAGGUUAUUGAUACUAUAAAAUCAAAUGUAGAAGCAGCUUGUAGUGGAACAGUUUCAUGUGCUGACAUCUUAGCACUUGCAGCUCGGGAGGGGGUGCUCUUGUUAGGAGGCCCUUCAUGGACAGUACCAUUAGGAAGAAGGGAUGCAACAACAGCUAGCCAAAGUACCGCCAAUUCCAACCUCCCACCACCCACAGCCAGCCUCAGUACGUUGAUCUCCCUAUUCGCCGCCCAAGGCUUAAACGCCCGUGACAUGACCGCCCUCUCCGGGGCCCACACUAUCGGCCAGGCUCGAUGCUCCAGCUUCCGGACACACAUCUACAACGAAACCAACAUUAACCCUAACUUUGCCACCUUGCGCAAGAGAACAUGUCCAGGCCCUGCCUCCGGUACAGGCGACAACAACCUAGCUCCACUUGACAUCCUAUCACCUAAUCGAUUCGACAAUGGUUACUUCCAAGACCUUUUGGUUAGGCGUGGGCUUAUGCACUCGGACCAGGAGUUGUUCAAUGGUGGAUCACAAGAUGCAUUGGUUAGGUUAUAUAGCACCAAUUUUCGAGCUUUUGUUAACGAUUUUGCUAAUGCAAUGGUUAAGAUGGGGAAUAUUAGUCCUCUUACUGGAUCAAAUGGAGAGAUUAGGACAAAUUGUAGAGUUAUUAAUUAAUUAAUUAUUCUUUUAAAUUGAUAGUUAAUAAUAAUAAGGUUCAAAAUGGACCAGUACGUAGACUGUAGGAAGUUAUUAUCAUGUAUGUCAUCAAAUUAAAGGUAGAUAUUUGCUUACGAUUUGUAACCUUGAAUUAUCUAUGCGGUCGUACGCAACUACACAUGUUCAUCAAUCAAACAUAAACAUCUUAAUAAAUUAGAAUUUGUUCG